AUGUUAAAACCGCAGCAAAGCGAGCUCCUCUUGCACGAGUCGCGGUUGUAUGGGAAGCCGUGGUUCUGGCAGCGGAAUUCCAGCACCAUGGAGAGCAGCCGGAGCCUCGCGCAGGUGAUCAUGGAGAUGCGCAACGAAAUCAAGAAGCUCGAGACGGAGAACAGUGUGCUACGGGGGGAAUUCGGUCAGCCGACGAUUGGGACUGAGCCAGGGGAACCGAAUCCGUAUUCACCGGCAGGCCAGCCCAGGACCGGGGCUGACGACAACCCAUCCCACAUGAACCUGAGACGGAAUGCGUCCGCGCCCGCACUCGAGCAGCAGUACAAGGGUAAAGUCGCACUAUUAGGCUAUUAUGUUGUAACUGCAUUUUUCGUUUUUAACAGCAAGAUAAAGCAAACAAUUUUAACGUAUCAACAUUGUUUGAAAUUAGGCUAUUUAAAGCUAGGCCUAGUUUGAACAAAAUAAUCUGAUCAACUUUGUUUAUUGAUUUCACAGAGAACAUUGUAAUGACCGUCCGGAGAUACUCAAUCGCCUCCAACAUGCCAAGUGUGAUCAGGAAGAGUGAGAGCGAAGAUAGGGUGUCGAAGGAUGGAGAGGUUGCGAAGGGAAGCAACUCAAGUUGGGGUCGACUUCAUGAGGAAGUCCACGGAAGGGCCCCAUCCAUCUUCGGGAAUUCCACGCGAGACGAGAUCAGCACCACUGCAAAGACGUUAACCAAUAGGUUCUUGCUCCAAGAAUAUGUGCACAAAAACAGGUGAGUGGCCCAGUGGGCCUUCUCAUCCAACCUCACCAGAACUUUUAGAUAACCUAAUUUAAAACUAAAUGUAGAAUAUCGCUUAGGUUGCUAUUAAUUCCAUAUUAUUUUGCAGGACCAAGGUAAAGACGGUCACUUUUCUUCUGCCCGUGGAUAACAUCUACACCAACCGACCAGUUCUGGCCAACCAUCUGACAGAUCUGGAUGCGAUUGCGGAGACAGAUUCGUGA